UAUGACAGAACCCAAAGCAUAAUAUGAUGAAUUAUAUAAAAGUAGUCUAUUUUUAUAUUAUAUUAUAGUCAUAUUAGUUGAAGAUUUCAAGUGUUGGAAAGACUAUUUUUCUAAUUAGGUAAUUAUUUCAAUUCGAAUAUUAGAUUAACAAAACAUGUUUUAAGGAGGUAAUUGCAAUCUACUAUUGGUGGAGAAUACUCAGUCUAUUGGUCAGCUUAAUCAAUUUUACUUGCAGAUAUAAUUAUUAUUGUAAAAUCAGUAAUUUGGGAUACUGCCGUUGCUGAAAAAUAUAUACAGCUCAUUAUAGGAUAUCUGAAGGAGCUUUAUUAUUUUAUGAUUUAUGUGAUAAGAAAAUUCAUUUGAUAAUAUUUUAAAUUGGCGUUAAAAAGUAUUAUUAUUUAAUUAUUAAAUUCUAGAUAAUAUAACAUAUAAAUGAUAAAAUAAUAAUCAUGUUAAUUGGAAACAAAUUAGAUUUAUUAAAAGAAAAUCGCUAGAGUAGAUGUGUUUCUGAACAAGAAAUUGAACAUUUCUGUUAAUAAUAUAAUAUGCUUUAUAAUGAAACGUGGGCUAAGGAAGGAAUAAGUGUGA